UGUAAAAUUUCUUAUAUAAUUCUUCCUAUUUUAUACAGUGCGUUGUAGUUAUAUUUCAAAGUCAUUUAAGGUCUAUAAGUUCUUGCAGCGUGUGUGCAUGUGUGGGUGUGUGGUGUGUGUACUCAAAGGUGAGCAUGCUCAGACUAAUUUCAAUCCCUUUUGUGAAUGGCUGAUUAUCACAAUCUGUAGCUUAAGUUGAGGGGGAGCAGCAAAGUAAAGCCCUUCAGAGUGAGCGAAAGACAAGGAGAAAGAGUCGGCAUGGCCCAGAAAAACAACUGUAAGUUCAUGUUCUGAUUAUGUUAAUCUUUUAUACCUUUUUCAAGUAGCCGAGUUGAUUACGAACAAGAGCACUAAUAAGACAGCGAGGGUGUUAAAUGAAUGGCACUACUAACGUGCCUACAUGACAUGUAACCCAUUUCACUAAAACUAAAGACCUUUUGUUUGUUGCCGCAGGAUUCUCACCUUGCUUUGAUUUUCAUCAUUAGCACCUUUGAGACCUAAUUGUAUUACAUCUCAGAAUGACUCUCGCACUUGAAAUCUUAAAGAGAAACAAAGCCAUAAUAAUCUUAAUUGUGCUUUUCACCUCAGGUUGUCAUGCUUAAAUGCCAGGUUUUAUAUCUGUGUGGAAUAGAGUUAUAUUAAAAAUGAAAAGGGUCAAAUUCAGUAAGAGGAGUAUUGAUUCAUUUUUUUUUUUAACAAGUUACGUGAGUGCAUUGAGCCUAUUGUGAAACCCAGCAGGAAUUUCUAAUUGCAACAACAGGCAGAUUAGUUCCACUGAGCUCUCAUUCUCUCCCUCCCUCUUCCUCUCACUCUGACACACAGUUCAGUUCUCCAUCAGGGAAUAUAGACCUUCAGAUCAACAUGUUGUCAUGUCACUCUUUCGUGAUGGGAUACUCGAACAUGUAUACCCGGCUUUCUUCAAGUCCAUGUGCCAUCCGGACCACGUUGGUAUUGCUCUGAGUAUUUCCAUGGCUGGCUAUGUGCUGGGAGGCAGUUCCUAUUUCCAAGCUUUACUCUUUGCCAGUGCAUGGGCUGGCCUCAUUUAUUACUGCUGCCACGAUAUCUACGAAGGCUACAUGACGAGGCGGCUGAGCGCAGACAUGGCCGACAUUCAAACCAGCUACCUGGAAAACCCAGAUAAUGGUUUCUGGGUGGCAGAGGCAGACGUUAACGGCCAGUCCAAGGUGGUGGGGAUGGUGGCAGUGGUGGGGAAGAGGGGAGAGGAAGAAGGUGAGAGGUUUGACGACUGGAACGGAGGAGUGAUGGCAGGAGGCUCAGAGUUUAUCCAAGAUGCUGGAGAUGGGAGUUACGGCGAGAUGUCCCACAUGGUUGUGGUGUUUCCAUGGCGCCGCAAAAGCCUGGGCUCACAGCUGACACAGAAGGCCUUGGACUUCUGCAAAGAGCAAGGCUACGCCCGCCUUGUUCUGGACGUCAGCUCGCCACAGACAGCAGCCAUUUCCUUGUAUCAAAAAUUCAGUUUCGUUCAAUCUGCAUCCCACAGCAACACGCAUGCUAAUCGCUGGUUCUCCAAACUGGCCAGAAUAAAUGUGAUGCGAAUGGAGAAGUCCAUUUAAACCUAAGUGGACUUUAUACCUCAGCACCUAAUGUAUCCUCGACUGUAC